AUGGAGAGGAUCGUUCAGCAGACCGAUUACGAUGCCCUGUCAUGCCGGAUAUCGGCGAUCUCCAAGGGAUAUUUGCCGUCGCCGUCGCUACAGAUAGAAAGAUGCCACUACAAUGGGUACCGCGAGAUGCAUGUGGAAUAUCUGAGGGCUCUGAAGAAUGUCAGUAUGAAAAUCCAUUCCAAGGUCUAUCAGGUUGCGAAGACGUCCUUCCCGGUGAUGAAUUACGGAACGUAUCUGAGGACUGUUUCGAUAGACCUGGCACUGGACGAGUUUCUGAAGCUGGUUGGCGAAGAUCGGAAAGUGCAGGUGGUGAACCUGGGGUGUGGUUCCGACUUGAGGAUGGUGCCUCUGCUCCGAAACCAUAGCAAUUUGUUCUAUGUCGACGUGGACUACGAGAGUUCGAUUAGCGUCAAGCGUAAAGUGUUAUGGGAGAGUCCGAUGUUGAGGGAAAUGCUGGAUCUGAAGCGGGAAGAUGCUACGGGAGAAGUGUCUUCAGAGAGAUACAAGCUUCUUCCGUGCGACUUGAACCGACUGGAUCAAACCAUGCGAGGUCUGGAGGCGCUGACAGGUCCCGAUUGCCCGACUGUGAUCAUCAGCGAGUGCCUGCUUUGCUACAUGGCGGACAGGGAGUCACAACAGUUGAUCGAUAGUGUGAAGGGCUUCUAUAAAUCAGGCAGCUGGAUCUCAUACGAUCCUAUAGGCGGCUCUGCGCCUGGCGACAGAUUCGGAGUUAUCAUGCAGAACAAUCUGAAAGAGUCCAGGAACCUGGACAUGCCUACUUUGAUGGUAUAUAACUCUACGGAAAAAUACGCUUCACGGUUCCACGGGGCUGACACAACCGCGAGUGACAUGUGGGAGGUGCUCACGUCGCAGAUUAGUAACGAAGAGUCGGCGAGGCUCAGAUCCCUUCAGUUUCUGGACGAAAUUGAAGAGCUCAAAGUCAUGCAAAAGCAUUACCUGCUGCUUGUAGCCAGAUGGUAA